CGCGACUGAGCGGAGAUACGUCGAGUGGUGGCAGGCGAUAUCCCCGAGCAUGCGCCGAAGUCGAAACCACAACAUUCGACGACAACGACAACGACAACAGGAGGCGGCUUCAUAAAUAUAAAACCCACCUGCACUCACUCAAAUAUGAAAGUCCAACUCAUCACCAACCAUGACAACCCUCGCAGCUACAUUCAAUGCCGCCGACAAAACUACACCUGGCCAUUAUGGGCCCUGCCAGACCGCUCUCCUCCUCCUAGACUUCCACUCCAUGUUUGUUCAACGAGCCGGUGUACCUCAGGCUCCCGCAGCUCUCUCCGUCGCGGCUAGGAUGCGGACUUGGGCAAAGUCGCAAGGUAUCCAAGUGAUCCAUUGCCUACUCGAUAUCAACGCCACACCAUUCCCAACAUGUAAAGAUGCCGACCGGCUCGUUGGCAUCGCCGCCGCCAUGAAAUCGGGCGGCGGCAGUGAAGAGCCUACCGAGCUGCUAGAGGGUGGUGGUGACGACCUCGAUAUCACGUUUACCAGAACGCCAGGCCAUGUAUCUGCGCUGAAAUCACCCGGCCUGGAAGACUUCUUGGGAAAGAAGGGAAUUAAGUCGCUGGUUCUAACCGGGCUGAGCACAUCGGGGUGUGUUAUGAGGACUGCGGUUACAGCUAGUGAUGCCGAAUACGUCGUGUCGGUUAUCUCGGAUGGGUGUGCCGACCAGGCUGAGGACGUGCAUGAGAUGAUGGUGGGGAAAGUGUGCAACAAUAGGGGCUAUGUUGUAACUGCCGCUGAGUUCCAGGAAGGGUUUGCGAAGGUCAUGGGUGAGAAUGAGGGUUUCUGGAAAGGUGCAGAGGGGCGAAUUUUCAGCUUUUUACUGCGCUGA